AUGGCUGACGAGGCGAGUCGGCCGCUCUUGACCGACCAUCAUGACGAUUCCUCGCCUCAUCAAAAUGUAUCUACUCGCAGAGAGCUAUCACCUUCCCUAGAGCGACCGCACCACCCAUCUUUUGAAAUUUCCUCCGAGUCCACUCCUCUCCUCCACUGUCGUAACGAUGAGUUGUCGACUUAUGGCGGCACGGAGUCCCACCGACCUUCGUCAUCGGCAUCCGACGCUUCUGCUCCCGCUAAUGGCCUGAAGAAAUCGCGAAGCAGAAUCGGAUGGACUUUGUUUUGUAUCCUGCUUGCUCUCAGCUCCAUCAUCACAAUCCUUAUUCUUGCUUUCUUCGUCCCUACAGUAGUCAAGCUAUAUGUGAAGGAAGCGACCGUAUUCAAACCAACGAAUCUCUCAAUCGAGUCCACCACAAGUAAAGGUAUCCGAACCCGAGUACAGGGGGACGUCGUUCUCGAUGCGAAUCGCAUUAAAAGCGGAUCAGUACGAAAUCUCGGGCGCUUUGCCACCUGGAUUGGAAAGGAGGUUGAAACUGGAGAUUCCGAAGUCGAGGUAUAUCUCCCGCAGUAUGGGAAUAUCCUAGUGGGCACUGCUUCUCUCCCAUCGAUCAAGCUCGGUAUCCGAAACGGCCACGUGAACCAUCUUGACUUUGAGGCUGAGCUGGUAGCUGGAAACACGAAUGGCCUUCGCUCCAUGGCUCUGGACUGGCUGGAAGGAAGACUGGAGCACCUCAGUGUCCUCGGAAGAGCCACUAUGCAUCUUAAAUCAGGUUUGCUGAACCUGGGAGAGCAGACUUUGACCGACUCUGUAAUUUUGCAGGGAGACGAUUUCCCUCCGUUACCGGAUGUCGCAAUCACGAAGUUCUUAGUGCAUGAUCUAGAUACACCUGAAUCCCAUGGAGCGAUUGCGGUUGAUGGCUCGGUUUCUGCGCGGAUUGACUGUCCACUUGCUCUGCACAUCCCACCUCUCGGCUUUGAGGUGCUUGUGGGGAAUUGUGCACCAGAUGACCCUUAUAUUUCGGUGGCAGAUGUGGUCACAAAAGGGUUCACAGUCAAUCCCGGCCAGGCCACUGUGGUUGACAUAUCUGGUAUCAUCCGAGGGUUGUCGGAUCAACUCACCACGGCCUGCCCCGGGGAAAAGAGAUCGCCCCUAGACUCUCUUCUAAGGAAUUAUAUCGAUGGUCUUCAGACCACGGUAUAUAUUCGUGGUGCGGAUACCCCAUAUCCAAACACCCCCCAGUGGAUAGUCGAUAUCCUAAAAAGCGUGACUGUGCCGUUGCCUUUUACCGGGAAAGCUUUGGAUGACCUAGUGAAGAAUUUCACCAUGACAGACGUUCACUUCUCUCUACCUAACCCUCUGGCAGAACCCGAUUCUCCAGAAUCCAGUAUCACUGUGUCUGCGCUGGUGAAGGUGUUGAUUGCAAUGCCAGAACAUAUGGACUUCCACGUCGAUGUCCCCCAGGUUCGUGCCACUGCAGAUGUUUACUAUCGCGAAAGUAAGCUUGGUGUUCUGGAUCUACACCGGUGGCAGCCUGCCAAUUCGACCUUUAUUGAAGAUGUCGGUGAUAAUUCGACGGCUUUAUUGGUGGAAUUUUCCGUCCAAGACGCACCGCUCGAAGUGGCGGACGAUGACGUCUUGACCGACGUACUCCAGACUUUGAUUUUCGAGGGCAACCCGGUCAAACUCACUGUUUCUGCGAAUGUGGAUGCCGAGGUUUCUACAGGUCUUGGGGAAUUUGCCGUUCGUGGAAUCCCAGCAGACGGCGCAUUAACUGUGCAGCCACCGUAUGGCGGCGACUCGCUUCUUGAAGAAUUAGCGCUGCAUGUAGCGUCUCUUGAGCUGGGAGCUACAACCGAAUCCUCCCUCCUCGUGAAGACAACGGUCAACUUCACGAAUCCUACCCAGUACUCUGCAUCAGUACCUUUGGUUGAUUUUGAGCUGCUCUAUAAUGACACCAAGGUGGCUCAUCUAACCGCUAAAGAUGCUACCAUCAAGCCAGGAAACAAUACCGGUCUCUCUGUUGACCUCCUAUGGAGCCCACUUGAUUUAGAUGGGCCCGCUGCCGUCCUUGCUGGCCAAGAUUUGCUAUCACAAUAUGUCUCAGGUAAGUUUUGUCUAAUAAUGCCCGCAGGGUUCAACACUUCAGUGAUGAUUACGACACACAAAGGAACCAUCCCAGCACUACCAAAGCUUGGACAGGCACUAUCUAGGCUGGGGUUCGAAGUACAGAUCCCGAAGCUGCCUGUCCGUCGAGCCCCUGGCGACGACCCCGAUGAACCUGAUCAUGACGAUGGGCAGACCAGAUUCAUACAAGAUGCUACGCUGCACCUCUGGUCAUCGACUGCCGAUUUCACGUUGUCGUCGCCUUUCACUAACACCACCCUUGAAAUCACCUCGAUAGAGGCGCAGGCGUUUUACGAGCAUGACCAGGAGGUCGGUACCAUCAACUACUAUGAACCGUUUCCAGUGCCACCAGGCGUAUCCCAGACCCCACGGUUGCCGGUCGAUUUGAACUUGGGAGGCAUUGGCUAUGAUGCCGUCAAAAGGGCUGUUGGAGGCACUCUUCAUUUGGAUACUGUUGCAAAGGUUGGCGUUAAGAUUGAGGAUUAUAGCGAUACCAUAUUAUACCAUGGAAAUGGGAUUACCGCGAGAGUUAAGCUAUGA